UGAUCAUUUACCCCGCUGAAGUGACACCAGCAGCCAGUCACUUUUACUGAACACGCACCGAUACAGGUCGACUCUCUAGCUCUGAGUAACCCAUACUCCCAAAGAUGGCUGACACAAACCAACAAAGUCCUCCUCCCCAGCUUGGGCCUGUGCAAUUUUUAAUGAGUAACAAGCUGGAAACUGCAAUGUGGCUGUCACGUCUCUUCACAGUCUACUGCUCCAUAAUGUUUAUUCUACCAAUUUUGGGGCCCUAUGCAGCAGCAAACUUCUAUCAGCGAGCCUUGUUAGCGAACGCCCUCACCAGUGCCCUUCGCCUGCAUCAAAGGCUUCCACGCUUUCAGCUGAGCAGAGCUUUCCUGGCCCAGGCUCUUCAGGAGGACAGCUGCCAUUACCUGCUCUACUCUCUCAUCCUGGUUAACUCCUACCCUAUCACAAUGAGCAUCUUCCCAGUCUUCCUCUUCUCUCUGCUUCAUGCAACUACCUACACAAAGAAAGUCCUUGACUCAAUGGGCCCCAGCAGCCUGAUGUUUGUCAGAAACCUACUGGACAAACUAACAACCAAUCAGCAGAACAUCCUAAAGUUCAUUGCCUGCAAUGAAAUCUUCUUGAUGCCAGCCACUGUUUUCAUGCUGUUCAGCGGCCAGGGGAGCUUGCUCCUGCCUUUCAUUUACUACAGAUUCCUCACUCUCCGCUACACAUCCAGAAGAAACCCAUACUGCCGCACCUUGUUCACGGAGCUGCGAAUUCUUCUGGAGCACUUCAUCAUGAAGCCUGCCUGCCCUGCCUUCUUCAGGAGGAUGUGCCUCAGCAGUAUUGCCUUCAUCAGCCGUCUCGCCCCCACGGGGGUCUGAUUACACCACAUAGGAAGUUUGUUUUCUUAGUUUUGUUUUUCCAGCUUUUAGGAUGUGACUUAAACUUUGAUGGGGACAGACAUUGCCAUCAACAGAAGGAACUGCUUUUGAAUGUCAACUUUACAGUCUGUGCUCCAACUUCUCUGUAUGUUUGAGUACAGUUGAAGAGCAGCCAGUAAUGCACUGAAGUCAUCAUGUCUUUCCCCAUCUUCUUAAUGUGACCUCACUGAAGCAGUGGACACUCCUCACGUUGUUCCGUUCACUGAAGGGAGCACAGGAGACAUCAGCUGUGUUAUGUUUGGAUCAGCUGUUAUUCUUUUCCUUUGAUGACCCUAUUUAUUCAUGAAAAUUGCUUAUUCUAUCUUGAAACAUUAACAUUCUGAGAUUAGUGACUUAAAUGAAAAUGUGAUUAUUCAUAAUUGUGUUCUUUUUGUAAUAAUGAUCUUAUGCUUGGAAAGAUGGAAGAUGAGGUUUGUUUAAUGUUUCUACAUAGUCUGCUUUCUUUUUUAUGUGCAAAGCAUCUGAUGCUUUGAUUUGUCUUAUUGCCUAAUUAUAAAUGUAUCCUAUCAAUGCCAUGAACUCACUCUUGAACAACAUGCACAUUCUUUGAAGGUCUGAUGUCAAAAUGGGUGUUGGAUUGAGAAACAAGCUAUCUGCUGUAUUUUAUAGAAUAUUUAAAGGUACCUGACUUUUCCUGUAGGAUUUAUUUUUUAAAGGAGUCGCACAAUGCAUGUCAUGUUUCUGAAUGCAUUCUGACCUUGUUUCUCAGUUUGAAUGCUGUUUUGGAUAUGUUAUUCAUCUGUGCUGUGUAGCUUCCUUGCUUAAUGCAUGCUAUGAUUUUUUUUCCAGCCAUGUUUUCUGUGUUAAUUUGCCUACAAACAAACCACAUUUUUAUGACAGAUAAAACUAUCUCUUAAUUAAACCUAUAUAUAAUAAAGAAUAAUAAAAAUGAAUGAACCAAAGUACCUGCUGUCCAAAGGCGCCUUGUAAAUGAAUUUCAAUCUGACGGUGUUUAAUUAAAUGGAGCUACGUAGGCCAAACUAAAGCUCUAUAUAUCCAAAUUUAAAGCUAUAUAGGUGUCACUACUUGUACUAGUAGUUAUCUUCAUCUGCAUAUCUAC